GUAAAAAUGCACAGAGAGAAGCAGGUUCCAGUAAAUUACUAUGUUGGAAUUGAUGUUGGAUCGGCAAGUGUUCGUGCGGCUUUGGUAGAUGAAUUUGGGACAGUAGUGGCACAUGCAGAUCAGCCAAUCCAAAUUUGGGAACCCCAAACAGAUCACUAUGAACAAUCUUCUUCUGACAUAUGGGCUGCUUGUUGCUCAGUCACAAAGAAAGUUGUCUGUGGAGUAGAUGCCAGGCGCAUUCGAGGGCUUGGUUUCGAUGCUACGUGCUCCCUCGUUGUUGUGGAUAAGCACUUCCAACCCUUGGCAGUCAACUGCGAAGGACAAAACCAUAGGAAUGUUAUUAUGUGGAUGGACCAUCGUGCAGUCAGUCAGGUGGAGCGGAUCAAUCAAACACAGCACAAGGUUUUGAGCUAUGUUGGGGGAACAAUGUCUGUGGAAAUGCAGCCACCUAAAUUGCUGUGGAUCAAGGAAAAUUUGCAAGAAUCAUGCUGGGAGAAGGCAGGCUACUUCUUUGAUCUUCCGGAUUUCUUAUCUUGGAAAGCAACAGGUGUCACUGCAAGAUCCCUCUGCACACUGGUGUGCAAGUGGACAUACACUUCGGAUGGAGGUUGGGAUGACAGUUUCUGGCAAAUGAUUGGCUUGGAAGAUUUGGUGAAAGAUCAGUAUGAAAAAAUAGGCCUGUGGUGCCAGAUGCUGCAGAGUACAUGAAGGAUUUUCUAGAAGACUGGGAGAAA